GACUCUUUGAAUGGCAGUUUCUCUUCAGCGAAUAGCAAAAGUCGGGAGGAGCAUUUACAAAACCGCAGUGAAACCCGAUCCCACGUACCUUACACAUCACAAAUGAUGACACCCCCCAUACACACACACUCACACCACCUGUCAGGAGACUCAGCCCACAUAAGUUAACCACAGAAGCCUCAGCUGGAGGACACAAUCUGAAGGAAGUUUUCCUGCAGCACAAGUAUCACUGGAUCCAGCCUGAUCUGCUCUGAGACCAGCUGCUGACGAUAAACAACACUUCUUAACAACAUUCUAAACAACAACAACAUUCUAAACAUUGAGAGAGUGAAACGGUGGUAAAACGAAGCACAAAAAGAGACUGGCAUCAUAUCGAAUCAGCAAUGGUUUUGAAAAAGCUUCUGCGUUUCGGGAAACAGCUGCUAAGGGUGAAGGUUGUCAAUUGCAACUCAGAGGAAUCACGUCUCUCUCGAUGCCUGAACACCUUUGACCUGGUGGCUCUUGGUGUGGGAAGCACGUUGGGAGCUGGGGUGUAUGUCCUAGCCGGUGCUGUGGCAAGGGAAAACGCUGGACCGGCCAUCGUGUUGUCGUUCCUCAUCGCGGCCCUGGCCUCAGUGCUCGCGGGCCUCUGUUAUGCAGAGUUUGGGGCGAGAGUGCCGAAAACAGGCUCAGCGUACCUGUACAGCUACGUGACCGUAGGAGAACUAUGGGCCUUUAUAACUGGCUGGAACCUUAUACUUUCAUAUGUUAUAGGAACCUCAAGUGUUGCCCGAGCUUGGAGUGCCACGUUUGAUGAGCUGAUUGGAAAACAUAUUGAGCAUUUUUGUCGACAGUACAUGUCCAUGAACGCUCCAGGCAUUCUGGCGGAGUAUCCAGAUAUGUUUUCUGUAUUAAUCAUCCUCACUCUCACAGGCCUGCUGGCCUUCGGGGUAAAGGAGUCAGCCAUGGUCAAUAAAGUGUUCACCUGCAUCAACGUUCUGGUGCUGCUCUUCAUGGUUGUAUCCGGCCUGGUCAAAGGUACGCUGAAGAACUGGAACCUGGACCCUGAUGAGAUUCUCAACGUAACUAAUUUCACCCUUAAUACCACACAGCCCCUGCCUUCAAAAGAGAUUCUGGGUGAAGGUGGGUUCAUGCCUUUUGGCUUCACAGGGGUCUUAUCAGGUGCGGCUACCUGCUUUUACGCCUUCGUUGGGUUCGACUGCAUUGCCACCACAGGUGAGGAAGUGAAGAACCCCCAGAGAGCCAUUCCCAUCGGGAUCGUCUCCUCCCUCCUUAUCUGCUUUGUGGCAUACUUUGGUGUAUCGGCCGCCCUCACCAUGAUGAUGCCAUACUACAUGCUGGAUAAAAACAGCCCUCUUCCUGCUGCCUUUAAGUACGUCGGCUGGGAAGGAGCCACAUACGCCGUGGCGGUAGGCUCCCUCUGCGCCCUGUCCACUAGCCUGCUUGGCGCCAUGUUCCCCAUGCCCCGUGUGCUCUGGGCCAUGGCUGACGAUGGCCUGCUCUUCAAAUACAUGGCUGGGAUCAGCGAGAGAACAAAAACUCCCUUAGCUGCCACUAUAACGUCAGGCUUUCUCGCAGCUAUCAUGGCUUUCCUGUUUGACCUGAAGGACUUGGUUGAUCUGAUGUCUAUAGGAACUCUUUUGGCCUACACCCUGGUCGCUGCCUGUGUUUUAGUACUCAGGUACCAGCCCGAACAGUUUUCUCAAACAGAUCACAUGGCAAACACACAGGAAGAAAUGGAAAUGAGCGAGACCAUAAGUACGCCUAGCAUGGGGAUUCUACCUGGCAUAGAAGAGCGAUUCAGCUUCAGAACGAUGCUCUUCCCCGACAUCACUGAACCCUCCAACCUGUCAGGCUUCACUGUUAACAUCUGCACAAGUCUGCUUGGUCUGCUGAUCCUCAGCUUCAGUCUGUUGGCCGUCCUGGGUGGAACUGCAGUGUGGAAUGUUGUCACUCUCAGUGUCCUGUUCAGCCUGUGUGUCAUUCUCACGUUUAUCAUCUGGAGACAACCUGAGAGUAAAACCAAGCUCUCUUUUAAGGUUCCUUUACUUCCAUUCAUCCCAGUGGUUAGCAUGUUUGUCAAUGUGUACCUGAUGAUGCAGCUGGACAGGGGAACCUGGAUACGAUUCGCCAUCUGGAUGUCUAUAGGACUCAUAAUCUACUUUGGCUAUGGAAUCUGGCACAGUACUGAAGCUGCACUGGCCCAUUCCAGUAUGGACGAAGAACUGAGUGUGUAUAAACCCGCCUGCGGUCUAAACAGGGACAGUGUGACCCCGGAGAAGGAAGCUUUCCUCUGUAAUGGCCACGGAUCACAGGCUGAUGAGGAUGGAGAUCUCUAAUGUGGAACAGUGUUACGUUAUUUACUCAAACUUUACAUUAAAGCACACCGCCGGGACGUUGUGAGGAGCACAGGCCGUUGGAUUCUAAUCAGAUGGAGCUCUUUGACAGAUUUAACAAUGUCACUUCCUUGUGACAAGGGUUUUGUUAAGUGCACACUACAUGGGUGGAAGUAUUUGAGUGUUCUCACAACUCAAAGGUUUUGUUUCCUACUUAAGAAAUCUCGAAGAAACCAAAACAGGCACAGGACCUUUUAUUGAGUGGCUUUAGAGAGAAAAAAAUUGUGAGCUGCAGUAUUUGAUGUUGACGGCUGCUUUUGUUAAUUGAUCUAAUUGAACUUGUGCCUUUUGUCUUACUCUUGCAAUUGAAGCUAAAUCAGAGUUGUUCUUUCUGAAUGUUGGAUGUCAUUGGGUUUUACUGAACAUGGGCUGAACAUGGCCUCACAACAGAUGAGAGGAAGAAUCAAAUCAUGCUUGGCUUUUCUGCUGAAUUUGUAGUACUGUCUGAGGUCCCAUUAAGGAUCCAUUUUCCGGCUGGUUUGAACCGCCCUAAUCCAGAAUUUGUAGUUUUUACUAGUCCACCCAGAUUAGACCUUCGGGUAGUACUGCCACCUGGUGGUCUGGUUGAGCAGUUAACCAGCGUUAGUUGCUUUUAUCUGUCACAGUGCUGGCUACUGUGUCAUCUGCGCAGAUGGAGUCUGCUUCGUCGCUUGUGUCUUAAUGUCAUUAAAGCAGGCAUUUUUUAGAAUAUUUGGAGAGAAGUUAAUAUCUAGGGGUAUAUUUUGAUCAUUUAAGGUGUUUGAACAUAUAUCAUGUUUUGUCAAGCUAAAUAUUUUACAAAUUAAAAAUAAGACAAAAGAGUGUUGGAAUAAAUUCUUAAGAUUUUUAAAGGUUUUUGAAAGAAGUCUUAUGCACCAAACUAAUUAAUAUAAAUACUGUAUAAACAGUAAUAUGUGAAAUAUUAUUACAAUUUAAAAUAACUGUUUUCUACAGGAAUAUAUUUAAA